CGGGUAUAUAAACAGGGAAUAAGGUUCGGUUGGCACCAGACAUUGAGUUCAUGCUGGACUCCUGUGUAGGUCGCCUUUCUCUCUUCAACUCAACUCACGUCUCUCCACUUUACACAUUGUGGUGUUGUUGCUAUGUGUUCUUUCCUUUGGAUCUGCAUCUCUGCUGGGCUGCCUACUUUGUUAUAAAUUUCAUUUAGAAGAUUUUCCUGGUUCCUCAGGUGCCCUAAAUGAAGUGAUCAGUUGCUCGACUCUUAAUUUACUACGACCUCUUCUGCUGAUUGUAACAGUUCCACAAAAAUUGACAGGCUCCUGGAAUCAAGUUUCAAGUGCUGGGAUAAAUCAUGCCAUCUUUUCGGCGGUGUUUUACUCAGUUCUGCUUCAUAUUGCAAUGGAAAAGACAUUUUACAGUAAUUAUGGACUUACCAUGUUUCUCCUUAUGAUCAUUUUGCCAGUAUCAUGGCUUGUUGCCAUUUGUGGAGGAUACAUGAGGAAGAAAGAUAAGGAACCAUGGGCAAAUGCAUUGCUUAUUCAGUUCUCUAAUAUCCUCACCAUAUAUCUCCUGUACUACUCUUUUGGACAUAGUAAUGAAGAUUCUCUGUUUUUCCCAGUGGCAGCUGAUGUUGUGGUGAGCUUUCUGAUGAUUGCAAGAGCUUGUAAAUGCUGUUUCAAAGAGUCUCAUAAAUUUCGCUGGUCAAUGACCAUACUCGUUUUUGUUCUUCUGGAAAGUGGAGUAAUGGUUUAUUAUCACUACGGUAUAUUAGAGCAUGAAAAAGAUCGUACAGAAUGGACAUGUGUGGCAGCAUUUGUCCAGACUCUGAUGAUGAUGGCAUCCUUCAGAAGGGAUGAAAAUGAAUUAGAAGAUCACUCAAGAUUUGUUAUGUAUAUGGUUGGAGCAGUUGGCCUGAUAUUCCUGAAUUCAUUUGCAUUAGGAACACACCUGAUCCUGAAUGGACGAAAUGGUGAAAUAAUGCAAAAGGACCUACGUGUCAUUAUCUUUCCUGCUGAAUGUGUCUUUGUCCUAUCCUGGCUAGCAUACUUACUAUUUAGUUACAGUUACUUGGAUGUUUCCUCUUUGAAGGUGACAGCUUGUAAAAAAUGGAAAGCUCCUAACUGUUGCAAGAAGCCUCACAAACACAGAAGUAAUCAGAAUUAUGCUCAGGAUCUACUAAGGAUUCAUGAACUAGAAACUUUGCGUAGGUCUAUAUUAUGAGAGAAGAUUUACAGAACAUUGUACUAACUCAUAAAGAUUUGUCUUUAUUUUUUUUUAUUUUUUUUUUUUUAUUUGUAUUUGUAUUUUCCUGACUAUUAUGCAAUUAUAUUUGGUUUAUGUAAAAGUCUUUAGAAUAGCUUUGUUUCAGAAUUUUUAGUGAAUAUGCAUUUUUAUAUAGACACACCACAAUAAAGGAUUUUGACAGACCAGGCUGUCUUUGGCAAUUUUUCAAACAUUUUUAUAGUUGUAUAAAUUGUGUAAAUAUAGUUUUUGCAUCAAUGUCUUUUGUUUUGUAACCAGUGAUUUGUAUUGGAACUUUCUGUCUUUUUAUGUGUAUAAAUUGUUUUAUGUGUCGAGAGCAAAACCGUUUGUAUUGAAAUACAUUUCUGCAAGUAAACA